AUGUCGGAUGACACCGUCGUGGUUGCACCUUACGCGGUUGUGCUACAUGUACACGACGCUUUACCAGAGGUGAGCACCGAGGAUCUGGGUGAAGAGAUCUCAAAGCCGGUGCCAGAAGAGCGCGACCCUGUCCAGGCCCAGAAGGCGCCAAAAGCAGGAGUGGACUACCACCGGGUCAUCGCUGAGCAUUUCAGCACGAUGAACUUGACGUCACCGACAGUCCAAAGGGUGACGUCCAGCCAUCACGUUUUGAGGUGCUUUGGGCAAGCCUUGCGACAAAAAGUCGUGGGAGAGGUUUACCAUUUCAGCAAACCCGCCGUCAGAAUUCCCCAGUUUGUUUCACACAGUUGGCAUGGGCCGGCGUGGAAGAAGAUCGCUUCCCUCUUCGUGCUGAAGAACGGUCCUGCAGCGAUGGCUUCUGGAAGCUUCUUGGCAUUGGUCAUGGUGGUACUCAGCAGCCUCAACAUCUUGCCUGGCUAUGACCGGCUACCAAUGCUCGAGCAGGAUCGAACCUAUGUUUUCGGACCUUGGGGGAUUUGCAUUGGUAUGCUGAUCGCAUGUCUGGUCAUCACUUUUCGUGAACCUCGUGACCAGGUCUUCGUAGACGUGCUCUGCAUCCAUCAGACUGACUGGCGUCUGAAGUUGGAAGGUGUGCUGAACAUCUGUGCCUUCUUAAAGAAUUCCGACUCUAUGUUGGUGUUGUGGGACCCCAGCUACGUUGAGAGGCUUUGGUGCGUCUUCGAAUUGGCUGCCUUCCUGAAAAGCCGCGAGAGCGGGAGAGCGACGAAGCUGUUUAUUAGACCUACAAUUCUGGGAACCAGCUCGAUAGCAUCUUGCUUCGGUCUCUUUGCCAUGCAGCUGGCUCAUACUGCUGUUCCAUGGGCCAAUGCCUAUUAUGGAACCUUUUUCUUCUCGGUGUUCUGCUGGAUUGGGUGUUAUUCGAUCGUCUGCGUUUGGCGGCGCCACUACAGACAGAUUGACAACCUGAAGACCCAACUGCAGAAUUUCACCAUUAGCAAAACGAAAUCGAACUGUUGCGAGAGAGGCCAUGUGGAUGCACAGGGCCGAAAGCUUCCUUGCGACAAGGCAGUGCUUACUGCAUGCGUCCGGCAGUGGUUCGGCUCUGUUGAUGCGUUCGAGGAUAAUGUCAGGUCCGGCGUGGCGGCCGCGUUGUCAGAAGGAUUGGGGAAGGGAGGAUUUCCUUAUCCUUACGUGCUUGCUGCCGCAGCACCCACCUUAUGGGGUCAGGGCGACUUUACUGCCUCCCGGCUGCGGGAGCGCGAGUUCUACUACGCCGGCGUCACCGCCAUCAUCGGCCUUGCCUACUGGCUCGCCGCAAUUCCCUUCCUCUUCGCUUGCGGUGGGCUCAUCGUGCACAAGUUCCGCCACAGGUACAGUCCCUGCCUUGAUACGCUGGUGCCCGUCUUCGCUGCCUCGUUUCUGACCCUGGUUGCCGGCAAUGGCAUGUUCGUCUUGCUGAUGGGCCUACAGGCGAUGCUCGAUGACAUGCUGGCCGCAGUGCUUUGGGCCUUCGUCAUGUCUUCUUCGGCCCUGCUCGCCUGGCGGCUGCGCUCAUCUUAUGCUGAGCAGCUUGGGCUCUAG